AUGGAGAUGGAAAAGGAGUUCGAGCAGAUCGACAAGGCCGGGAGCUGGGCGGCCAUUUACCAGGAUAUCCGACAUGAAGCCAGUGACUUCCCAUGUAGAGUGGCCAAGCUUCCUAAGAAUAAAAACCGAAACAGGUACAGAGAUGUCAGUCCCUUUGACCAUAGUCGGAUUAAACUACAUCAAGAAGAUAACGACUACAUCAAUGCUAGUUUGAUAAAAAUGGAAGAAGCCCAGAGGAGUUACAUUCUUACUCAGGGCCCUUUGCCUAAUACGUGCGGUCACUUUUGGGAGAUGGUGUGGGAGCAGAAGAGCAGAGGUGUCGUCAUGCUCAACAGAGUGAUGGAGAAAGGCUCGUUGAAAUGUGCACAGUACUGGCCACAAAAAGAAGAAAAAGAAAUGAUCUUUGAAGACACAAAUUUGAAGUUAACGUUGGUCUCUGAAGACGUUAAGUCGUAUUACACAGUGCGACAACUGGAAUUGGAAAACCUUACGUCUAAAGAAACUCGAGAAAUCUUACAUUUCCACUACACCACGUGGCCUGACUUUGGAGUCCCCGAAUCACCAGCCUCGUUCCUGAACUUUCUCUUCAAAGUCCGUGAGUCAGGCUCCCUCAGCCUGGAGCAUGGCCCCAUCGUGGUGCACUGCAGCGCCGGCAUCGGCAGGUCGGGGACCUUCUGCCUGGCCGACACCUGCCUCCUGCUGAUGGACAAAAGGAAAGACCCUUCUUCUGUUGAUAUCAAGAAAGUUCUGUUAGAGAUGAGGAGGUUCCGGAUGGGCCUGAUCCAGACAGCAGACCAGCUCCGCUUCUCCUACCUGGCUGUGAUCGAAGGCGCCAAGUUCAUCAUGGGAGACGCUUCAGUGCAGGAGCAAUGGAAGGAGCUCUCCCAUGAGGACCUGGAGCCCCCACCUGAGCACGUCCCCCCACCUCCCCGGCCACCCAAACGAAUCCUGGAGCCACAUAAUGGGAAAUGCAAGGAAUUCUUCCCAAACCACCAGUGGGUAAAGGAGGCGACCGAGGAGGAUAAAGACGACGGCCCCAUCCAAGAAGAAACCAGAACCCCCUUAAGUGUCCCCUGCAGCAUGGAAAGCAACAGGCAAGACACUGAAGUCAGAAGGCGGGUCGCCGGGGGAGGUCCUGCCCAGGGGGAGCUGUCGCCGCCCAAGGAGGAGCAGGACCAGGCGCUGACUCACUGGAAGCCCUUCCUGGUCAACAUGUGCAUGGCCACAGUCCUCACGGCCGGCGCGUACCUCUGCUACAGGUUCCUCUUCAACAGCAACACAUAGGCUGACCCACCUCCACCCUGCUGGCGGCUCCUGCUCACAGAGCCCGCAGCCGAUGCGCAGGCCGAGGGAGGGCAGGGCCGCCGGACAGCUCAGCCAGCCGGGACCGGCAUGGACGUUGGCUCUGCACCGAAACCAGAAACCACCGCCGCCCUGUGCCCCCGCCCCGCCCCGCCCCAGGCUGCUGGCCUCACACCUUACCCUUUUCCUUUCUCUGCCUCCCUUUUUGGUCCCAGAUCCACACGCCUUUCUGAAGGAGAGCAGAGCAGAGCGCGGUGCCCUUGGCACAGAGGAAGGGUGGCCUGCGCCAGUCGCAAGGCUCGCCUCACCCAGGGCUCCCUCUCAGCGUGUCCCCUUGCAUCCCAGUGGGCGGUGCACAGCGUCCUCCCCGUAACCUCCACCAAGACUGCAUGUAGGAGCCUCGCCACUCCAUAUUUAUUUUAUUUUUCCCCAAAGGCAUCCAUAGUGCACUAGCAUUUUCUUAAACCAAUAAUGUAUUAAAAUUUUUUGAUGUCAGCCCUGCAUCAAGGGCUUUAUCAAAAAAGUACAAUAGUGAACCCUCAGGUAGUGCUGGGAACGGAAGACUGGGGUGUGAGCCUGCUGCGUCAGACCAGUGCUAGGAAGAGGACGGUUGUGAGCAGUUGCUGUUUCGUGACACUGUGGGUAACGUGAGAAGAGGUUUGGCAAAUGUUUAUAGAACAGUGGGAUAAUAUAUAAUGAACACUUGGAUAUUUAAGAUACGCGAUGUGAGAUUCCCUUGUCGCGGUGGUUCCCUCCCCGUUAUCUGCUAGACUGCUGCUGUCGGUCUCCGCUCUCCCCGUGUGUAUUAGAAUGCAUGUUCGGUCUUCCUUGUCCUGAUCGAAUACCACGUGCUUGAAAUACUUAGAUCUCUGCUUACUGGUGUGCCCCGUGGACAAGUCCAGUCUCCCUUUGCAUGAUCUGAUCCUUACCUGGUGUGGUUCCUAGGACCGUUGCUGAAAUAAUCGCCCUUCAGCAGUGGAGUGAUGUUUUCCAGUAACAGAUAUUUGCCUAAUUCCUGGCAUGACACUCUGGUGACUUCCUGGUGAGGCCCAGCCUGUCCUGGUCCGGCUGGGUCCCUCCGUAACUCAGACAUUCCAAGGGUGUGGGAAGCCAUAGUCACACCCCGCGCUCUGGACAUCCAGCCAGGCAGGGUCUCCCCGCCAGCACCUUUGGGAUCAGCCUCCACUAUCCCCAGUUCACGCUCUCCUUGAGCAGACUGGGGUUUGGAGCCCAGGCAACUGUUGGAAACCACGCUUCUUGAGACAACCUGGAUGACGGUCCCUUAGAGUCUAGGUCUGGGGGAGGGGCGGGGGCCUCGCGGAGAGAGGCUUGUCUGCCCUGCCCUUGACCCCGGGGACUGAUGGUGCUCACGGCUCUUCCUGCGAGGGGAACGUAAGAUCUCCACGUUAAGUGGCUUUUUUAACAAGAAAAAAAGGCAGCUGUAGCUCAUGAGCUGCUCUUUUGCCAGCAUUUUCACAUUUUGCCUUUCCCGUGUGAGGAGCCCGUGCAGAGUGCUUCUGCGGCGGGAGCAGCGGCGGCACCCCACAGAGCCUUGGUGAGGUGCGGGUGGGGCUGCGGCGCAGGCUGUGAGCAGUCUGGAGUUGGGCUUGUCUGUCUGUUUCUGAAGUCCUGUAUAUGUAUGCAGUAGUUUGGGUGUAUAUACAUAGUAGCAUUUCAAAAUGGAUAUACUGGCUUCACCUCCUAUCCUUGGAAAACAGAUGGCUCUCCAUCUUGUUACAUGUAUGUUAGAGAAGUAGUGAGCUGCUCUGCUAUAUGCCUUAAGCCGAUAUUUACUCAUCGGGUCAUUAUUUUUUACAAUGGCCAUGGAAUAAACCAUUUUUACAAAAAUAAAAACAAACAAAAAAAGCGAGGUGUUUUGGUAUAAUACCUUGUCAGGUGUGUGUAUAUGUGGAUGCAUGACGGGGUGGGGUGGGGUGGGGGGCGCGUCUCAGGGUCUUCUGUGACCUCACAGAACUGUUAAACUGUACAGUUUUCCAACUUGCCAUAUAAAUCAUGGGUUUGCAUUUUAGUUGCAACAAUAAAAUUUUUUUCUAAAGAACAUG